ACUACAAGUGGAAAAGGGAAAGGAAGAAGAAGAAGAAGAGAAGAAAAGGAAAGAAGAAGAGGAAAAGGGACAGAAGGAGACUACAAGUGGAAAAGGGAGAGGAAGAAGAAGAAGAAGAGAAGAAAAGGAAAAAAGAAGAGGAAAAGGGACAGAAGAAGACUACAAGUGGAAAAAGGAGAGGAAGAAGAAGAAGAAGAAGAAGAAGAAGAAGAGAAGAAAAGGAAAGAAGAAGAGGAAGAGGGACAGAAGAAGACUACAAGUGGAAAAGGGAGAGGAAGAAGAAGAAGAAGAAGAAGAAGAAGAGAAGAAAAGGAAAGAAGAAGAGGAAAAGGGACAGAAGAAGACUACAAGUGGAAAAGGGAGAGGAAGAAUAUAAAGAAGAAGAAGGAGAAGAAAAUUAAGAUACAGGAAAGAAAAAGUAAAAAAAACGAUAAGAAGAAGAAAAACAACAACAAGACGAGAAACGUAAAAUAUAAACAAAAGAAAAAAGAAGAAAAAGAGGAAAGAAAGUAAAAGCGAAGAAGAAGAAGAAGAGGAGGAAGAAGAAGAAGAAGAAGAUGAAAUACUAGAAUAACAAACAGAAUAAGAGAAAAAUACAAAAGUAGAGAAAAAAAUUGCAAAUAAUAAUAAUAAUAAUAAUAAUAAUAAUAAUAAUAAUAAUAAUAAUAAUAAUAGUGAAGAUGGUGUUGAUGCCGAUUCUCCUGGCGUUCUCGGAGCCAUGUGACUUUGAGCUGUGUUUCGUGGGCCAGGACUGUCACCGCAUCCCCAGCAUCCUCGGCGCCACCUACGGCAUGCAGACAAAACGGCUCGACCUCUCCUACAACGCCAUCAGGUCCUUGGAUGGGCUGGACCGCUUCCCGUACUUAGAGGAGCUCGUGCUGGACAACAACUUCAUCGAUGACGCCGUGGAGCUCCCUCGCCUGGACACCCUGCACACGCUCUCCCUCAACAAGAACAAGGUGAAUGACUUGUCUCGGCUGCUGGACCAGGUGAGCGAGCGCUUCCCCAACCUUCGUUACCUGAGCCUGCUGGGGAACAAGGCGUGCCCCGACCAGCUCACGGGCGACGCGGCGGACGAGAAGGACUACACAAGCUACAGGUUGUACGUCCUUCACCGUCUCCCCAAGCUAAGGUUCCUGGACUCAACCGCCGUCAGGAGGAGCGAGGCGAGGGAGGCGAGGAAGAGGGGCUCGCUGGCGAGGGGUGGGCGCGCCACCUCCGCCCCCCCGCCCUCCCUGCUGGCCAAGACGGGAGAUGACGGGUUGAUGUCCACGCAGCCCUCCCUCCAGUGCAGCCUCCCCAGCUCCCCCGUCAGCCCCCCCGCCUCCUCUCCCUUCCACGGCCCCCCAGACCCCCCUCUCACCCCCCCAGCCAAGGAGAUGAACGGCGCGACGCCCACCACCCACGCCCCCCUCACCGCACGCCACACAGGUUCCCAGGCCAUGAUGACCCGCCAGCAGUCCGUCACCCUCUCCGAUGCAACCCUGAGACACACAAACUGCUGAUCACGUCCCUUUUGUAAGACGAUGGUGAAGGAAAGUGACCUCGAAUUUAAGGGGUGACAGUAGAUAAAGGAAAGGCCGAGGGACGAAAACGAUGAAGGCAACAACGAAAAGAAACGAAUGAGCGGAAGGGGAAGAGGAAAGGAAAGGAAAGGAACAGAAAAUAAACAAAAAAAUACGAAUGACCGGAAGAGGAAAGGAAAGGAAAGGAACAGAAAAAAAUAAGAAUGACCGGAAGAGGAAAGGAAAGGAACAGAAAAUAAACAAAAAAAUACGAAUGAGCGGAAGAGGAAAGGAAAGGAAAGGAACAGGAAAUAAAAAAAAACGAAUGACCGGAAGAGGAAAGGGAGGAGCAAGAGGAAAAGGAGAGGAAAGGAACAAAAAAAAUGAAUGACCGGAAGAGGAAAGGGAAGAAGAAGAGGAAAGGGAAGAGGAAGAGGAAAGGGAAGAGGAAGAGGAAAAGAUGAGGAAAGGAACAAAAAAAAUGAAUGACCGGAGGAGAAAAGGCAGGAAAACAAACAAACAAACAAAUUAACGAAAGACGAAUAAAUGAAAGGAAUAAAAAAAUAAUCGGCAGAAAAUAAAAACGAGGAUGGAAGGAAAAAAAAAGAAAA